AUGUCCCUUCAUCUUCUGGAGCCUCCCAGAUUUGACUUGGAUAAUUGUGUCGGUCGGAGCGUUUCCGACACAAUUAAGAGUCAUUUCGUUGAGCCGCACUACAACUGGAGCAAGGUGUCGCAAGAGACGUUCGACACCUGGUACAAGUGCUUCGCGCAACGGUGGAACUGGGACAUCGGGAUCAACGAGACGGUCCGCGAAGCUUUCCGGCUGAAGGCGCAGAAACGCCUAGUCAACACCGUUUCCGAUUGGAAGCGGAAGUGGGAGACCGAUGGAGACGACGCAAAGCCGAGCUCCAUGUCCACUUUCUGUUGGAACGGGUUGAAGGCGUAUUGGCUGGACCCGCAUGUCCAAACCACUGCGGCUAAGUGUUCGGCCGUUAGAAACCGGGAGCUCACCGAGAUGCACGGUCUCUUCGACAUCGUUGCGGAAGCGGUUCCACAGGUCGCCACCGCAAUCCGAGCGAGGCAACAGCGAGCACGAGGGGUCUUUGAGACCGGUGGUACUUCCGGUACUGGACCAUCGGACCAGCAGACGCAGGGUCAGUCUUCGGCUCCGGUAGUGCAGACGGGAAACGACGGUCCAGCAGCGACGGACAGCCAAGACGGAGAGCCUCCUCGUGACGUCGAUCUCAACCUCGACGAUUACGAAAUCACAUUGUAG